UGAGUAACACUGGUUGUGAAUGCCAGAGUCAUUACACUCUCAGUGAUUUGGGGACCUUUUGCUGCUGGGUUCCCAACAGCCCUUUGGAAAUGUCACACAGGGAGCAGUCACACACCGUGUUCUCCCCUCUCGAGCCCAUGAGAACACGGCGUGUGGUUCGCAAACCCACAGAAACACGCUAUGGCUGUGUCCGCCAGUACCAGAGGCAAACCAAAGCUGAACAAGAGCACUGUGUGGAAAAUAUUGGUGUGGAAAAUAUCAAGCUAACAGUCACAGGCACGAGUCCUCUCUUUAUCUUAAGCCCAGACACAGUAAAGAUAGCUGUCACAUCUCUCAUCUCCUUUCCAAGAUACCUUGUUCAUAAAUAGAUACCACUCUCAGCCUCCUCCUACAUCUCUUCCUUUUUUUUUUUUUUUUUUUUUUUUUCUGUGGAGAAACAGAAAGCAAGGGGUACUUGCAGUAAAAAAAUUCCUCUGAAGUUAGAUCUGAUCAAAGGUUUGGGUCCUUGGUUGAUUCAAAAGCCUGUGGUGAUAGAUGUGGUAUGCUUGCUUAGAUAGAUCGGGUUGAGAUUCUAUAUAUUUUGUUCUGCUGAAAACACCAGAAAAAGAAGAUUCUUCUUUCCAGGAAAAUUUAAUUCAAAAAAGCAAGGUCUUUGGCAUUGAGAAAUACCCUCAGAUCGGUUCUGACCCACUGUGGCAAGCCCCUCAUAGCGUAAACUCAGAAAAGCUAUAUAUGAAUACAUUUGUGCCCAAAGAUGCUGCAUGUCCCUCAUUAACCGUGGAAAUUCUGGCUAAAAGUAACUUUUAAAAGUGAAAUCAGGUCUCAAAUAUCUUGAUUCUGAAAGCACUCCCACUCAAUCACUACAGCUUUCUAUCUACAUUGAAUGUUUAUCUACUAGAAUCCACCAUGAGGCAACUACAGCAAUGGCUUUUGGUCUUCAUGCAGUCCCAGACUAAACUUGGUCCAGUGACAGAGCUGAAAAAUAUCUACCCCUGCACAGCUGCCAAAAUGAGCCCAAGCAAGCCCUGGCCCAAAUAAGCUCAACCCCAGGUCGAUGUGGCUGGCUAGAGCUCUGCCCUGGGUCAGGAGCCACCCAUUUAUUGAUAGAGUAACUCUGUUUUCUCUGCUCUAGCUGCAGUGUCUCUGCUUUCUGUGAAAAACAAAGGGGCACAUACAGACCUGCGGGACUGUAAGCAAAAGCAGCUGAGAAGGACCUGGGGCUGGAAGAAAAGCAGAUGCUGCAGGGAGAUAUGAGUGGUUGUGCAGCUGAGUGUGGGGAGCCCAGUGUCAGGAGACCAGGCAGCAAGAAGUGCAAGAAGACAAGAGGGAGUCUCUGAGGUUGGCACUGUGCUUUGCUUUCAUCUGAUGAACACUGUGGUAACCAGACCUGCUCUCUACUGCUGUCCUCCCUCCUUCCAGCCAUCUACCUCUGCCAGCCAGCAUCUGCUCCAUCCCUGUGCGGGGGAACACACACCGAUGGGACCAAAGAGGGCAGCUAAGAAAUACAGCAGUUGCUCAGCAACUCCCUGUCCCCUGAGGAGGACAGUGUAAGCAAUCUGCACCAAUCUCCUGGACUGCUCCUCUCUGCACAGCUAGAGAUGCUCCUACCUUGACUUUUUCUGGAUUUCCCCUGCUCAGCCUGCAGAUCUUCUCCCGCUUUAAGCUUCCAAACCCUUCAUUUCAGAAAAGAAAAAAGCCAUUGCGCAGGGUGCGCUGACCCACCGCAGCAGGAUGGUGCAGGACAAAGGCCGAGCUGAAGGGACACGGCACCAGGUUAUUGAUCACUGAGGAGACCUUGAGCUGGGUAAAUAGAUGUCCUGCUUCCUCCCCCACUCCCUGCAGGUGUGAGUUGGGGUGUGGGCCAGGUCUCACAGGCAGCAGCAGGCUUUAGAGAAGCAAAACCCAGGGAAUGCCUUUGAAUACCAUUGGAUUACCAGGAGAUGUAGACAAGACAGUGUCCUGGAAGCCUGUCUCCCACUGAUUUAGCAGUUUUACUCGCAUUUGCUCUGAGCAAAGUCUUUGAUAUUUGCGCAGUGAUCUCUUGGGACUGUAGAUCUUGGGAGAGGAGGACAGAUUUGGCAUAACACCUUCAGAGAGGGUGUAAAGGGAAACAGAAAAACCAGCCUGACCCUGGCAUGCUGUGUCACCAGACGCGCCUGAUGGAGGCCGAGGAACAGGAGGAAGACUCCAGCUCGCUCUCAAAUGACAAAUCAGAAACUAACUCACGUCUCUGCCUCCGCUAUGUGCCCCUCGGGAUAGCCUUUCUUGUGCUGGCUGGAGCUGCUGCAGCAACCUGGUAUUUCCUAGACUACAGACCAUGGCAUCUGGAGCCAUCCGUCUUGCAGUUCUACUGUGGCAGCCUUCAGGUCCUCAACCGCCGGUACUCCCCGGACCUCGGGCAGGUGGAGUCCAGAGCCUUCUGGGUGGAGUCAGCUAAGCUCCAGAACAUGCUAAAGGAACUGAUUCGUGCCACAGAGCUGGGUCGGUACUACAACUCCAGCACGGUGUAUGCCUUUGGGGAGGGAGCUCUGACCUUCUUCUUCUGGUUCACCCUCCAAAUCCCUGAGAGUCAGCAGAAGGAGGCAACUGCUGAGAGGGUAAACACAGUGCUCCACCAAGAGCUCUCCACCAGCUUCAACAGCUCAGGCAGCCUGUCCUACCAGACGGAGUACAGGGUCAACCCAGACUCUCUGGUUCUCCUGGAAUCCAGUGUGAAAGACAUAGUAGUGCUGCAAUCCACUCUGGGUUGCUACAGGUACAGCUAUGUCCAGGAGGAUGACGUCUUAAGGCUGGAGGGCCCUGACUACCUGGCCUCCAGUUGUCUUUGGCACCUCCAUGGCCUCAAGGGCUACAUGAUCAAGCUACGCCUGGAGUGGACUCUGCCUGACUGCAGGGACCGCCUGGCAAUGUACGACGCAGCCGGGCCCCUGGAGAAACACCUCAUCACCUCGAUCUAUGGCUGCAGCCGGCAGGAGCCCAUUGUCGAAGUCCUUUCAUCUGGUCCUGUCAUGUCCAUUGUGUGGAAGAAAGCCAUGUACAGCUACUAUGACCCCUUCAUCCUCUCAGCACAGGCGGUGCCCCUCGAAGCUUGUGAAGUGAACAUAACUCUGCGGGAGAGCCUGGAGCUGCAGGGGAAGAUCGGCACCCCACACUACCCCAGCUACUACUCGCCCAACACACAGUGCACCUGGCACAUGACGGAGCCAUCUGCCCUCUGCUCUGCACCCCCUUGUCUGCAGGUCCCAUCCCUCGACUACGGAGUCACCCUCUGGUUUGAUGCCUACGCCCUCAGCAGACAGAAGCACGACCUGCCCUGUACCCAAGGCCAGUGGAUCAUUCAGAACAGAAGGUUGUGUGGCCUGCGGACCCUGCAAGCCUACGCUGAGAGGAUCCCAGUCACAUCUUCUGCUGACAUCACCAUCACCUUCACCUCGCAGAUCUCCUUAACCGGCCCUGGCGUACAGGCAGCUUACAGCCUGUACAAGCAAUCUGACCCCUGUCCUGGGGAGUUUCUGUGUUUGGUGAAUGGUUUGUGUGUCCCAGCCUGUGAUGGGAUCAAGGAUUGCCCCAAUGGGCUGGAUGAGAGAAACUGUGUGUGCCCUGCAAAGUUCCAGUGUCAUGAGGACAGCACUUGCAUCGAGUUCAGCAGGGUCUGCAACCAGCAGCUGGACUGUGUCAACGGGAGUGAUGAGGAGCACUGCAGUGAAGGGGUCCCCUGUGGUCCUUUCACCUACCGCUGUGAAGAUGGGACCUGUGUGAAGAAACCCAACCCCCUGUGUGACACCACUGCAGACUGCAAGGACCUGUCUGAUGAGAAUCACUGUGACUGUGGGAUGCAAGCCCCUCUCAGCAGGAUUGUGGGUGGUAUGAAUUCUGUGGAAGGAGAAUGGCCAUGGCAGGCCAGCCUGCAAGUUCGGGGCCGACACAUUUGUGGGGGAACACUCAUUGCUGACCGCUGGGUGGUCUCAGCCGCGCACUGCUUCCAGGAUGAGAGGCUGGCCUCCCCUUCCAUCUGGACCGUUUACUUGGGUAAAUACUUGCAAAAUGCCACCGGCCAUACAGAGGUGUCCUUCAAGGUUAUCCAUCUCUUUCUUCACCCUUAUUAUGAGGAGGACAGCCAUGAUUAUGAUGUGGCCCUGCUCCAGCUGGAUCAUCCUGUGAUCAUCUCGCCCUUAAUCCAGCCCAUCUGCUUGCCUGCUCCAUCUCACAUCUUUGAGCCUGGCCUUCUUUGCUGGAUCACUGGCUGGGGAGCCCUCAAGGAAGGUGGGCAUAUCAGCAGUGUUCUGCAGAAAGUGGACGUGCAGCUGAUCCAGCAGAACAUCUGCAGUGAGGCUUAUCACUACAUGAUUACUCCCAGGAUGCUGUGUGCUGGGUACUACCAGGGCAAGAAGGAUGCUUGCCAGGGAGAUUCUGGAGGUCCACUGGCCUGCAAAGAACCCAGUGGCAGAUGGUUUCUGGCUGGUUUGGUCAGCUGGGGAAUGGGAUGUGCACGUGCAAAUCACUAUGGAGUAUACACCAGGAUCACUCAGGUGCUGGGCUGGAUGAACCAAACCAUGAGCUGAGAAAAGUGCAUCUCUGUCUUCUCCCCAUCACACCUGCACUCACAUGGCACUCAUUCCUGAUCUUGCUCACUUGCCUCCCAAAGAAAAAGAGUGUGGGAUGUUGUCAGACCCAGGAUGCUCUUCUGAACUGGGUAAAAAAAGGCUGCUGCAGGGAUUGUAGAGAAAAGCAGGAAGACCCUCUUCCCCAUUAGUGCUUCCCAGGGAGCAUCCCAAGGGGUUUUUUGGCCAUCCAUUCAAAAGCAGGGAAAAGGGAGGCAAGUGGGGGAGUUUGGGGCAAUGACAUGACACACAGCAAUAGGCUAAAGCUGAUGGUUUCUGAGAAGAGGAAUAAGGAGAGUUGAACUUUCCAUGAACCAUGUGAUUAAGCCACAGUCUUAUGCUGGAACAUUUGCUGAAAGAAAAUGUGACUGAUGUAGUUAGAGAUUCCAGUAACUGUGAAAUCAAUCUGCCUCCCUCUUCCUUCCUGCUGCUUAUCCUUCAUCCCCCUUCCCCUCCCAUCACUCCUCCUCUUCCAUCUCCCUAAUAGCUUCUUUUCUUAGCUGGCAUGUGCUGUUCACUGUGCUGUUCAGCUCAGCCAGCCAACUCUUCACGUCUCACUGACUCCCAGGCAUGAGCCCAGCAUCGCACCCCCAAGCACGUGUCCUGCCUCCCUGCUGGAGCAGCACCCAGCCUCCACUGCUGCACUUCCCCCAGUAAAAACGCUGGAGCAGACUCCCAUCUCCUUCCCUCAGCCCUUCUAAAUACCUUUAACAUCAGGGCAUCUCAACCUCUUCCAUCUCCUAUCUCAGGUAAUGCAGGAGAUGAAGGAGAAGGCUUCAGGGCACAGGGCUUAAACUGCAACUGCUGCGGGUUUGGUUUUUUAACUAAAGAUAUACACGUGUGUAUGUGUGUGUGUGUGUGUUACAUAAUUGGCCACUCUCUGGAAUUAUAAAUAAAAUUAAUUUGAGGAUUUUUUUGGCUCUAGUUUGCCUCACUCUGCUAAAAAUUAUCUUGAGGUUUGUCUAUUUUGACCAAACUCCAGUCCUGGCACUGUCAACUGGCAAAAGGUUCCACACCCUUGCCCAACCCCCAUCAGCUGUCCUUAGGAUUAACAAGAUCACUAGACAGGUGGUCCUCACUUACUGCAGAUAAGCAAACCUGCUCUGUAGCCCAGCUGCCUGCACUGGGGAUGCAGCAGCACAGACACAGUGGGAAGGACCCCCAGCCCCCC